AUUAUUAUUGUCAAUAAUGUCUAAUGCUUAUUAUCAACAUGGUUAUGGUUAUGCUCAAUUUUUUGGACCUGAACCACAACUUGUUUAUUGUCCAAGAUGCAAACAAAAUCAAACAACUAAACUUGAAUUUGUUACUGGAAAGGGUAGUUGGUCGUGUUGUAUUCUUACAGCAAUUUUUGGGUGUUUGUUCGGCUUUCUUGGUAUGAUAUAUCUUAUCGAGGCUAUUAUUGAGCCUGAAAAUACUAGAGGUUCUCGUGCAGCUCGUAUAGUCUUUGCUUGCAUUUUUAUCAGUGUUGGCCUUUGUAUUUGCUGUUUUGCCCCUAUUUCAUUUAAUAGUGAUAGUUAUAUGGAUGUUGAACAUUAUUGUAAUAUUUGUGAUACUUAUAUUGGCAAAUAUGAACGUAACAGUCGCAGACCAAUAGUUAUAUUACCACCAGAAUUAUAUAAAAAUCUACCAACCCAAGAAUAA